AUGCUUUGCGGGGCACUUAAAGUGUCUCCUUCAGCAAUUUAUAGACUGCUCAAGAAGGGGAAGCUCAGAAGCCAUACAAGUAGUAACCAUCCAAGUUUGACAGAGACUCACAAAUUGGAGAGGAUGAAGUGGGUGCUAUCCCACAUUCUACCUGGCACACCCACUGAACAAGCACAGUUUAUACACAUGGAGAACAUCAUACACAUUGAUGAGAAAUGGUUCUACUUGAACCCAGAUACAAGGAGAUUUUAUUUAUUGCCAAGAGAAGAUGAUCCAUAUAGAUGUUGCCAAUCAAAGAGAUUCAAAAUUAAAGCUAUGUUUAUGGGGGUAGUAUCAAAACCAAUGUAUGAUGCUCAAGGUAAUCUCAUUCAUGAUGGCAAGUUUGGCAUCUUUCCUUUUGUAGAGAGGGUGGCAGCAAAAUACACUACCAAAAACAGAGAUAAGGGCACUAUUGAAACAAAGGCUGUUGAGAGGAUCACUCAGAAGGUCAUCAGAGACAUGAUUAUACAGAAUGUACUGCCAUCUAUAAUGAGUAAGUGGCCUGCUGGUAUGUCCAAGGAUAUAUUCAUCCAACAGGACAAUGCUAGGCCUCACAUACAAGGAAAUGAUGAGGCAUUCAAGGCAGCAGCAACUAAAAUGGGUUCAACAUCAUGCUCAUUCAACAGCCACCUCAGUCCCCAGAUUUAA